AUGGGAAAGAAAUCGACUAAUUCCACUGAAGUCAAGGCGGCGAAGAAAAAGGUAGUUCCGUCGUCGAGUUGGCUCUUUGACUCUAAGGAGAUUACGAUUAGCAUUAGUCCCAUCGCCGGCGUGACAUUACUGGUGCUUCUCAUAUCCAUUUUCAUGGUUCAUGACAGGUAUAAGGAGUAUGCUAUGUGUCGAGUAUUUAAUGAUUUCCAGGACAAGGCCUCGUGGAUAACUGUCGCCGAUCAUGCGAAUUCGGAAAGCUAUCUUCACUUGGAUAAUGGCGCGUUUGUUUAUCGGCACAUAUACAUGGAUGAGUUUAAGCAAGAAUUCGAUAUAAUUGACCCAUCCAUCUCCGAGUAUCUUUUAAAGUAUAAUCUCGCUUUUCGUUUAAGAAAUGACACCGAGCUCGACCAAUACGUGGUCGAACGUGUCUUUCUAGGCACAGCUUACUAUGCCCAUUUUGUCGAAGAACAGAAAUACCAGGUUGGAAAUGGGACUUUUGUAGAUGAUGGUCGAUUAUACGUUCGCUGGGUGAACGAUAUAGUGAGGUAUGGUAUGUUUGCAGGACAAGAGAUAAAGGGAGGAGACGUAUUAGGGAUUUACAGUGGAGAGAUAAUGGCUCAAAGCAACGAUUUGGAAUAUGGUGAGAGUCAAACUUAUCAUUUUACUUUAAUUGUUUGA